CUCAACCAUCAUCGCCAACCACGAUCAGCAACCUGUCGACAAAAUGGCAUCUCGCCCCACCGUCACCGUCGCCAAUGCCGAGGGCAAGCCCAGCGGUGCGACCCAGCCUCUGCCCGCGGUGUUCGCGUCACCAAUCCGUCCCGACAUUGUCCAGUCGGUACACACUGGUAUCGCGAAAAAUAAGAGACAGCCGUAUGCUGUGAGCGAGAAGGCUGGCGAACAGACUUCAGCUGAGUCUUGGGGUACUGGCCGUGCUGUCGCUCGUAUUCCCCGUGUCUCUGGAGGAGGAACACACCGUGCUGGUCAAGCCGCAUUUGGUAACCAAUGUCGCGCCGGUCGUAUGUUCGCUCCCACUAAGGUCUGGAGAAAAUGGCACCAGAAGAUCAACCUUGGCCAGAAACGAUUCGCCACCGCUUCUGCGCUGGCCGCUUCCUCCGUCCCUGCGCUCCUCUACGCCCGUGGCCACCGUAUCUCUAACGUGCCUGAAGUUCCCCUGGUGGUUGACUCCAAAGCAUUUGAGAAUGACUCCAUCGCUAAAACCAAGGCUGCCAUUGCCCUUCUCAAAAACCUCGGAGCCGGCCCAGAUCUUGUCAAGGUAGAGAAAUCUCGCAAGCUUCGUGCCGGAAAGGGAAAGAUGCGUGGACGGAGAUACCGCCAACGCCGUGGACCUCUGGUCGUCUACAACCCGGACGUCGAUGGAAAACAGCUCGUCAAAGCCUUCCGUAACAUUCCCGGCGUUGAGACCUGCCCUGUCUUCGCUCUUAAUCUCCUCCAAUUGGCCCCUGGUGGACACCUGGGUCGCUUCAUUGUCUGGACCUCCUCUGCAUUCGCCGCUCUCGACACCAUUUAUGGCUCCACCACCGUCCCAUCCGCCCUCAAGAAGGACUUCCUCCUCCCAUCCAACCUCAUCUCCAACGCUGACAUCACCCGUCUCAUCAACUCUUCCGAAGUCCAAUCCGCCCUCCGCGAGCCAAAGGGAUACGCCAAAACCAAGAGAGGUGCUGUCCAGAAGAAAAACCCCCUCCGCAACAGACAGGUCCUCCUCCGACUCAACCCAUACGCUGCAGCUUUCUCCAAAGCGAAGCUCGGCCAGCAGAGCAUCAAGUCGGGCAAGCCUGAGCGGGCUGGUGAGACUUUCCAUAAGAUUCUGGCUCAGGAGUAGACAUGUUAGGGUUCCCUUUUGUUUUUCUUUUUGUUUUUCAUAAACAGAAUAAUGUGAAAAUUGUGCUUAGCUACCGGAGCAGCGCGGUUUUUUAUACGAGGGUGUUCAUUUCUUUUUCCUGUUCUUCUUUCCUAAACGUCGGGAAUUCUGUUCUCCACCCGAUUUGUGCUAUCAUGUUAGGAGUGCUACACGAACGUAACAAGCAGAAAUAUACAUGAUCGGGAUUUGGGACCAAAAUCUUAUAUCUCUGCUCUAAGACUCCCCUUCUUUGUAGACGCCACCAAUCCUAAAGAAACUUGGCAGGUGGAUAAAGAAGGAGGUCGACAUCCGACUCCAUAGCCCCAUCUAUCUUUGUCAGCAGAUAGAACCAAUCCAUCCGUAGAAUCGGGGUUCAAGUCAGAACUCUCUAGUUGACGAUCACUUAAAACUACAUUUGGAGAAGCAGCCGAGUUCGCGGUGGAAUACAAGGAUACUUCAGCAUGCUC